UUCCUGUUAUUGUUACUUCCGGGUGGAUUACAAGGCACAUUUCAAUUGAUGAGAAAGCAAAUUGUAAUCCAUUCCAAUCAUUAGGUAAAAAACAAAAAUAAUCAUCGAGUCUGUGUGUACACAUUUUAGAUGAGGUUUUAGAUGUCGAUAAUUGCCCGAUUUGUCGAGUUUACGGUGCUAGCAUGAUAACAUUAGCUUAGCAUGCUAACAGAAUAGCAUGCAUGCUAAACCUUCCCAUCGAGCUGGCCGGAGGAAACGCCACAAAACUCACCUAUGUCAACACAACGAUCCGCCAUAACUUUCCUCACUGGGCUCGUGGAGGAGGAUUGGAACAUUCCGCCGCGUGAGAAAGGCCCUCCGGCACCCUUCCGUCACGGACCAUGGGGAGGUAUAUUAAAUAGGUUUCUGCCUUGGUUGAGAUGCCUUGGUUGAAACUUCCGGUUUCCUGUUUCCUGUUUGCUGUGAGUGACUGCUCGCUGUUGCGAAAAAGGCUAAGUAUUAUCUUCCUAUCUGUGUGCUUCUAAUAGUUUUACAGCUUUCUUUAUUCCUUCCCAAACAUACUUGGUAGUCUUAUCUAACUUGCAAACCACCCGCUCUCUGUCUCACCGCCCCUCUCUCAGCUAGCUAGCUGCUAAUCUAACAAAGCUCAGCGCGGCCACGGUCUGAAGGAAUCUGCUCCCACAUGUUGCGGCCACUUCUCUGAAGACAGCAAGAACUCGACUCGGUGGAAAACAACAUGUAUUAAAGAUCUGGAGCGUCUGUCCCAGAGACCGACAGGAUGUCUCCCAUUUUGUCACCUGAUGCAGACCAGAAGGUUCUGUGGGUCUGUGCUCUCUGUCCUCUGAUCGGUCUCCUCCCGCAAUGUUCCGCCUCCUGGUCGUCAUGGCCGCACUCAGCCAGCUGCCAGGUUCAGCAGCUGAGGUGCACAACAUCAGCAUGUGUCCCCUCCAGUUCUACGGAGAGAGUCAGGACACGCUAUACACGAACAUCAGCAAUGGCGUGAUCGACCUUUGUUUCGACGGCAGCAUGGGAGACAAAUGCAUCAGCGUCGUCAACGACACGACGACAUCGCUGACCGUGGAAGUCAACCUACAAGUGGCCAACGCCGGCUCAGCGUUUCACCAAGCCAAGCCAGAACUCGUGGGAACGUCGUCUUGCCAAAUAGUGAUCUUCCUCGUGGACGUCAAUGGCGAGACAACCAUGAAUGUCACCCUCCGCACCUUUGGCGCACAAGCGGUGGCUCGCUUUGACAGCGCCGGACGCAUUUUGUUCGCCACUGCUCACGUUAACGGCAAGGUUUUGAAUGAAUGGAUGUCCUCCGAUCCUGAAGUCUUUGUCAGUUUGAGCGGCUGUACGCAUGAAGGAACUGCGUACGCAUCUAACACAACAACCUGUGACGGCGACACCUUGGUCACAUGCAGCAUUGACGCCACCCUGAUGGUCUCUUAUAACAAUGAAAGCUGCAUAAAAGACGCAAUAUGCACAGUGACAGCCUCCACCAUCAUCGAUCACCAUGGCGACACCGCCUUGGUGGAGGACCACUGCGCUUACACCUUGUUUUCAGACACAGGCUUCCAGGUGUCGGGCCUUUUUAGGGAACGCCGCCGCAAAGAUGUGAUGUUUUUGGACGCCGUCGUCAUCCACCUGGAUGGUCCGGAUGUUGCCAUCUACCUGGGGCAAAGCAGGAAGGUUAAGGUCAACGGUGUAAAGAUGAACGUGACGAAUAACGCCACGGCGUACGGUGUGGCGUUGUCCAAGGACGAAGGUGGAGUGUCGGCCUACGUGAACGUGACCGGCAACCACACCCGCGUGUCCUUCGACGGAUACACGGCUCAGAUCUACACGCCUGGGGCCCUGACCACUGCAGGAGCUUACAGGGUGAACAACCUGGAUGGCUUGUGCACCAACGCCACUGUGCCUUUAACUGAGAAGAAGGACAGUUCUCACAGCCCCGCCAGCUGUGAGACGCAGUACAGCGAGCCAGCCGACGAGUCCAUCAACUGCACCAUAGUGAACGAACAAUGUGAGAUGAUGCGCAUGGGCAACUUCAGCUCCUGCCACGAGUACCUCGACCCAGAACCGUACAUCGAGGCCUGCAACAACACGCUGUGCCGCUACCCCAACACGGACGGACUCCGGUGCCAGUUCCUGUGGGCCUACGACCAAGCCUGUAGUCUGGUUACGCAUUCAACAACGGAACUCACGGAGGGCUGGAGGGAGGAGGCUUACUGCCCUAGCAAUCACACCUUCUGCAAUCACACACAUUGUGUGAAUCACGAGUUCUGUGCCAGCGGCAUCAACGGUCAAAUCAACUGCUUCUGCCGGGCCAAGUUUGCCUGCGAGUACAGAGACAACCAAACUUUAGGCGGUCCGACAAUCUGCGAGGACAACACGGCGACUCUGGUUCUGCCCAGUUGUCUCCUGGAGGAGAAGGGCUUUGACUACCGUGACCUGCACCUCACAGACGACACGUGCCGAGGCCACAGGGACAUGCACCACAUGGUGGCCUUCACGUUCAACAGCAGCCGGAACGCCUGCGGGGCCGUGAUCACGGCCAACGACACCACAGUUCUGUACAAGAACGCCAUCAUCGGCGAGAACACCACCAACAUCGUCUCGCACUUUGACGAGUUCCACAUGAACUUUUCCUGUUACCAGAACCAGCCGGGGCGCCAGAGCAUGACCUUCAGACUUAAAGACAACUCUGUCAUGCAGCGCGUGGUUUCCGACUCUUGGGACUACACGCUGAUCAUGAAGGCCUACUUGGACGCUGACCGCCAGCGCCUCGUGCGGCACAACACUGAAAUCCAGCUGAACCAGACCGUCUACAUAGAACUGAAGACGGAAGGCCUGGAUGACGGCGCCGUGGCCUUGGUGACCGACUCCUGCUGGGCCACCAACGGCUCGUAUAGUGACGGGCCUGUGAGACACGAGCUGAUCACUGACGGAUGUCCCAGCUCUGCCGAUGACACCAUCAAGGUAAACGUCAAUGGAGUGGGAGUGUCCAACUUCUUCAACUUCAACAUGUUCCGAUUUGCCGGUGACAACUACGAGCUCUCCCUGCACUGUGACGUCCACCUGUGUGCCAAGCAGAGCCAGAUCUGCGCCCCGAACUGCAGUGGUCUGGGCAAGAGACGAAGACGCGGGUCUGCAAGGUCGGAAUCUGCUCACAGAAGUGCCGCCAUCAUCAGCAUGACUUGGGCCAAUUAGGUUGUUUCCCGACUUGGACUGACUUCCAUGGUGCAGACCUUCCGAACCUUCUUUUUUUUAAUGUGAUGAAUUUGUAAUGCAGUCAUGCUGGCAAGUAGACACUAGUCCAGUUUUAGCUGGAGCCUUCUGGACCAGCAAAAACCUAGGCUGUUUCUUAAUUUGCACUUUUGUACUCAAUGUAGGCACUUAUGAACUUAUACUUAAGGUAUGUUUCAAUUAGCACACUUAGGUACUUUCAUUUAAACUGUAACUUAAGUUGCGCACUUCGGUACUUACGAUAACGCUACGUCUCAAUUUACACUUUUGUACUCAAUUUAGGCACUUAUGAACUUAUACUUACGGUAUGUCUCAAGUUGCGGACUUUGGUACUUACGAUAACGCUACGUCUCAAUUUACACUUUUGUACUCAAUUCGUACACUUCUGUACUUACUGUAUGCUUAGGCUGUGUCUCAAGUCGCACACUUCUAUGCUCAAUUUACACACUUAGUACUUACUCUUAGGCCGUGUCUCAAUUUUAAAAUUUCUCCACACAAUUUGCGCACUUCUAUACUUAAGACAAGGCUCCAUCUCAAUUUACACUUUUGUGCUCAGUUUGCACACUUAGGUACUUACACUUUUUGUGACAUUGUGACAUUGUCUUAAUUGGCAGUUUAACACUCAAUUCAGGAACUUCAACUCACACGUAGACUUUCUCAAGUCACACUUUUGUACUCAAUGGAGAGAACUUAUACUUCGGCUAUGUCUCAGUUUACGCACUUCAGUACUUACAGUUAGACUGUGACUCAAGUUGCGCACUACGAUACUUACGAUAAGGCUACAUCUCAAUUUACACUUUUGUACUCAAUUAGCACACUUAUGUACUUACAGUCAGGCUGGACUCAAGUCACACACUUCUCUACUCAAGUUGCGCACUACGAUACUUACGAUAAGGCUUCCUCUCAAUUUAUACUUUUGUACUCAAUUCGCAUACUUAUGUACUUACACUUAGGCCGUGUCUUAAUCGGCACUUUAGUACUCAAUCCAGGAACUUCAACUGACACUUAGACUGUUUCUCAAUUCGCUCUUUCGCACUCAUUCAAUAUAGGCACUUCGGAACUUAUAUUUCGGCUAUGUCUCAAUUCGCACAUUUCUCUACUCAAUUUGUGCACUUGCGGUACUAACAAUUAGACUGCGAUGAGGUGGCGACUUGUCCAGGGUGUACUCCGCCUUCCGCCCGAAUGUAGCUGAGAUAGGCUCCAGUGCCCCCCGUGACCCUGAAAGGGACAAUUCGGUACUUACCUCAGGGCCAUGUCGCCAUUUGCAUACUUUGACACAAUUUUCUAAUUUCUCGGCUCAAUUCUCACAUUUUAAUACUCACACUUAGGCCGUGUCUUAAUCCGCAUUUUAGUACUCAAUUCGGGAACUUCAACUUACACCGUUUCUCAAUUCGCAUUUUUGUACUAAAUUAAGGCACUUCCGAACUUAUACCCAGGUUCUUUCUCAAUUUGCACAGUUCGCUAUUUAGGAUAAGGCUACGUCUCAAUUUACACUUUGGUACUCAAGUCACACUUACACUUAGCCAGUGUCUCAGUUCUCACACUUCGCCACUCAAUUCACAAACUUCCGGACUUACUGUAUAUUUGGAUCGUGUCUCAAUUCGCACACUUCUCUACUCCAUUCAGAAACUUCCGUAUGUACCAAAACGCACACUUUUGUACUAACAACACAGGCUGUCCCAAUUUGCACACUUCCAUACAUACUAUGACCUUUUUGAGUGCAUAAGUGCGUUCACCCUAAGAAGUGCAGUGUGUUGCACUUGAAACAGUCAACAUGGCGACUUAAUAGUCCAUUCAUAACCGCUACCUUUUGUAUCCACAUUGUUGGUGAGCGAAUGACGUGUUUUUAUCAGAUCGCAGCACGCCAUUGUGGAUUUUUGUGUUUUUAACAAAAACAACACCAAAAAACACAUUCAAUUGCUUCCUGAAGCCUCUAACUGUCGAAGUGCAAUGUAUCUUUAUAUCAUAUACAUACAUACAUAUAUUAAUGGGGAAUAGGGAAUAUAUAAUAUUAUUUCUGUAUGGGAAUGUUAACACCAGGCUAAUUAUGAAUAAUUUGACUGGUGAAUAAUCACUUGAAAUAAACGUGCAGUGACAUAAAACCUGUGUUUAAUAU